AUGGAUGCCAAUCUCAUUACCAAAACAUGUAAGGAAACGCCAAGUUACGAUCUUUGUGAUUCUUCUCCUCAAUUAGACCCUUGGAGCUUCGAUGCAGAUGUCAAAGGGUUAGCCCUAUUAAUGGUCGAUGUUGUUAAGGCUAAGGCAACUAAUACUGUAAACCAUAUCAAUGAUCUUCUUAAACAGACGUCGGGAGCUCAACCCUUAAGUUCUUGCCUCGAUGUAUAUAAUGUAGUUAUACAGGCUAAAGUCCCAAAAGCCAGUGAAGCUCUGUCUAAAGGUGACCCUAAGUUUGCAGAGCAAGGCAUGAAUGAUGUUGGCCUGGGGGCAGAUUUAUGUGAAAAUAGUUUUUCGGGCAGCUCAUCUCCUCUCACAUAUUUGAACAAAACUGUUAGGGAUGUUGCGGAUGUGGCUUCAGCAAUUGUUCAGCAUUUUGAUAUGCAUAUGUAG